CCUCCAACCGCAUGUCCUUAAAGACUUAAAGAAGCUUAGGGUGUGCUAUUGUGACGUCACAUAGUUUUAAGCAAAAGUUACAAAGGGGUCAGAACCGAGGUCGGUACAAAACAAGUGCUUCAAAGGAAGUCAUUUAAAAUAUGCAUACCUCCACGUGUAAUACCAGCCGAUUUGAUUACUAUGACAGCGUUUUGCUCGAGUGAUUCCUGCUUCGAUGGUUUGAGUGUUUGUGUUAGCUCUGUUACAGAGUGUGCUUUUAAUCAGACACUCUGGACUCAGACAUGACUAAGGAGAGAAAGACAUCUUCACCAGUUGAACAAGGAUCGCAUUUACACAUGGCUAUCAAGUUGUUGAAAGCGGAAAAUGCGAACCUCGAGAAGAUAAUAAUUUUGCUGAAGACCGAGAACCAAAACAUGCAGCGUAAGAUGAAGGAACUCGAAUAUCAGAACGACAGGUUUAAAAUCACGCAAAAUCAGCUAAAAGCGGAGUUGAAGAGGGAAAAGGAAAUGGUGAGGUAUUUACAUAAUGUGAACAAGAAAUACGAGCGAACGCUUCAGAAGAAAGAAGCAGAGAGCAGACAGCUGCGCAAAGAGGCUAAAGAAGCUGAGAUGAGGAGUCUCAAACGAGAAACCAAAGACGUAAACAAUAACGCAAAGGAAACCGGCAAAGACACGGAAAUCCGACGACCGCAGCCACCUAAACGAUCGGACUCGUUCAAAAGAAACAAGGAUCUUGCGGCUAUAAAAGCGGAUCAAGGAAUCACUACCGUGAGCAACCAAAACGCUAAUUUAAAACCAAAACAACCGGCUCAAAUCACGCCCGCAAUCAAACAGUCGAACUCAAGCGACGACAUAACUUGCGAAUGGGAAGACGUUACGGACGUUUUGGGCUUCUUAAAUGAGAAGGUCAAUCAGUUCGAGCGGUUACUUCUGGAGACUGGAGGCUCGAGCAAGUCGGGAUCUGGCUCAGGAUAUUCCUCGUCCGACUCAAUGACAUCCACCAAGUAAAGUGUGCAUGAAUCACCCGGCUGUAACUUGUAUGCAACUUGUCUUUUAUAAUUCAACCCACGUAGAUAUCACUAUUGCUCCAUGUAUAGCCUCACGAACUAGAAAAAGGGUUUUCCUCAGGUUUCGCUGCUAAGUAUGUUUUAUUUUAAUUAGUAAAGCAAGUAGCUGUGACCUUUUUCAAAACAAACACCAAUUGUCUUUUAAAAGUGUACUUCAGUAUGUGACAUUUUACUCCAGCUGUCAAAGGGGCUUAUUAACUCGACUGAGGUAUAAUGUUUACUAACAACAGCGAACAAAAUGGAAGAAAUAAUGCAAAGGUCAAGAGAGCUUUUUUUUAAUGCUCCAAUGAUUACAAGACGUGUGUAUUUGUUCUGCAGCAUGACCCCAUAUUCAUUACAGUUUUAAAAAAUGUACUGCGCUGUUUUCAGAUAAUAUUAGUAGGAAUUAUGCAAAUAGUUAACGCAGUUUACAGCCAGGUGUUUAGUUUCUUCGUAAAUAUGAAUGGAUUAUGAGUUCAGGGCGUGACAGAAAAACGUGCGUAACGCAAAGGAAAUCAAUCUGAACUCUUAAGAGUGGGAGUCGAAAUUGGCUCGGUGUACAAAUUAAAUUAUCUUUCAGUAUCACAGAUCCAUGAUUAUAAGCUUCUCAAGAGAUCUUAAAUGUAUAUUAAACGUUUGCAAAAGAA